GCGGCCCGUGCGGACGCCUCCGCCCCUCAGGCGUCCGACUCCCGCCUCCGGCUUCGCCUCCCACCGCCGCCGUUGCUGCUUCCCGCGGCCUGGCCCUCCGCCGACAGCAUGCCGCACGCCUUCAAGCCCGGGGACUUGGUGUUCGCCAAGAUGAAGGGCUACCCGCACUGGCCGGCCCGGAUCGAUGACAUCGCCGACGGUGCUGUGAAGCCCCCACCCAACAAAUACCCCAUCUUCUUCUUUGGAACACACGAAACGGCCUUCCUGGGACCCAAGGACCUGUUCCCCUAUGACAAGUGCAAGGACAAGUACGGGAAGCCCAACAAGAGGAAAGGCUUCAAUGAGGGGCUCUGGGAGAUCCAGAACAACCCCCACGCCAGCUACAGCGCACCUCCGCCUGUGAGCUCCUCUGACAGCGAGGCCCCCGAAGCUGACCUAGGUGGUGGCAGUGAUGGGGACAAGGAUGAAGAGGCCCGGGGGGUCAUGACCGUGACAGCUGUGACCACCACAGCCACCAGUGACAGGAUGGAGAGCGACUCUGACUCUGAUAAGAGCAGUGACCACAGUGGCCUGAAGAGGAAGACGCCAGUCCUGAAGAAUUCAAGAGCACCAAGGCACAUAAGAGGGUCCCAUCUGGAAUCUGGAACCAGGACUGUCCAGCUGUUGACCCAGCCUGGCCCUGCCUUCCAGAUGUCAGUCUCUAAACGAGCUCGGAAAGCCUCCAGCGACCUGGAUCAGGCCAGUGUGUCCCCAUCGGAAGAGGAUUCUGAGAGCCCAUCCGAGUCAGAGAAGACCAGCGACCAGGACUUUACCCCAGAGAAGAAGACAGUAGCCCGGGCACCACGGCGGGGUCCUCCAGGAGGACGCAAGAAGAAGAAGGUGCCUGCAGCCUCAGAUUCAGACUCCAAAGCCGACUCAGAUGGGGCCAAGGAGGAGCUUGUGGCUGCAGCACGGCCGUCCCCAUCCUCCUCCUCGUCCUCUUCAUCCUCUUCCUCCGACUCAGAUGUGUCUGUCAAGAAACCCCCUCGAGGCAGAAAGCCAGCUGAGAAGCCACCCCCUAAGCCCCGAGGGCGGAGACCAAAGCCAGAACGGCCACCUUCCACCUCCAGCAGUGACAGCGACAGUGACAGUGGUGAGGUGGACCGCAUCAGUGAGUGGAAGCGGCGUGAUGAGGAGCGGAGGCGCGAGCUGGAGGCCAGAAGGCGACGGGAGCAGGAGGAAGAACUCCGGCGACUGCGAGAGCAGGAGAGGGAAGAGAAGGAGCGCCGCAAGGAGCGGGCAGAGCGUGGGGGCAGCAGUGGGGAAGAGCUGGAGGAUGACGAGCCUGUGAAGAAGCGCAGCCGCAAGGCCCGGGGCCGGGCCACACCAUCCUCCUCUGACUCCGAACCCGAGGGGGAGCUUGGGAAAGAGGGGAAGAAGUUGGCCAAGAAAUCCCAACAGCCAGGCUCAGAGUCUGCAAGGAAGCCCGGGCAGAAGGAGAAGAGAGGGCGGCCGGACGAGAAGCCACGAAACAGGCCUGUGAAGGUGGAGCGGACGCGGAAGCGGUCAGAAGGCCUCUCGCUGGACAGGAAGGGGGAGAAGAAGAAAGAGCCCUCUGUAGAGGAGAGACUGCAGAAGCUGCACAGCGAGAUCAAAUUUGCACUGAAGGUCGACAACCCAGACGUGAGGAGGUGUCUGAACGCACUGGAAGAGCUGGGGACCCUGCAGGUGACCUCUCAGAUCCUUCAGAAGAACACAGAUGUGGUAGCCACACUGAAGAAGAUUCGCCGGUACAAGGCCAACAAGGAUGUGAUGGCGAAGGCAGCAGAGGUCUACACCCGGCUCAAGUCUCGGGUCCUGGGGCCAAAGGUUGAGGCUCUCCAGAAGGUGAACAAGGCUGGAGCCGAGAAGGAACGGGCUGACGGCGAGAAGGUGGAGGAGCAGCCAGGGGAGCAGGCUCCCAGAGAGCUGGUAGAGGAUGAGCCCAGCACCGAUCUCUCAGCACCUGUGAAUGGUGAGGCUGCAUCCCAGAAGGGGGAGAGCACAGAAGACAGAGCACAGGAAGAUGGGCAGGACUCAGAGGACGGCCCACGGGGCGGCUCCUCAGAAGAGCUGCAUGACAGCCCUCGGGACAGCUCCGACCCCGCCAGGCCUGGGAGUGAGCAUCAGGAACAUGAGAGGGCGCGGCUGGCCUCCGAGUCUGCUGAUGAUGACGAGGACAGCUGAGCUCCAGCCACUAUGGCCAUGGUGCCAUGUCCGUCCCCAGCCUCCCAGGGAAGUGCUGCGCUGUUUGUAUUUGUGGCCUGGGCCUUUCUGCCUAGUUCUGUGACUUCGAUUGACAUGAAAUGGCUAUAAAGGUUUUAUAAUGAAAAAGAAA